CUGUAAUGAGAGACACUUCCAAGGCUGCCUAUAAGGAAAUGUGCCAUAAGCCCUACCUGGGCUCAGACUCAUGAGCAGCAUCAACCAGUCGAGCGUCUCUGAGUUCCUCCUUCUGGGACUCUCCAGGCAGCCCCAGCAGCAGCAGCUCCUCUUCCUGCUCUUCCUCAUCAUGUACCUGGCCACUGUCCUGGGAAACCUGCUCAUCAUCCUGGCCAUCAGCACAGACUCCCACCUGCACACCCCCAUGUACUUCUUCCUCAGCAACCUGUCUUUUGUGGAUGUCUGCUUCUCCUCAACCAGUGUCCCUAAGGUACUGGCCAACCACAUACUCAGGAGUCAGACCAUUUCCUUCUCUGGGUGUCUCACACAGCUGUAUUUUCUCUCUGUGUUUGCUGAAAUGGACAAUUUCUUGCUGGCUGUGAUGGCCUAUGACAGAUUUGUGGCCAUUUGCCACCCUUUACACUAUACAACAAAGAUGACCCAUCAGCUCUGUGCCCUUCUUGUUGUCGAAUCAUGGGUGGUAGCCAACUUGAAUGCUCUUUUGCAUACACUGCUCAUGGCUCGACUCUCUUUCUGUGGGGACAACAUCAUCCCCCACUUCUUCUGUGAUGUGACUCGUCUCCUGAAACUCUCUUGCUCUGACACACAUCUCAAUGACCUGAUGAUUCUUUAUGUUACAGGCCUGAUAAUGUUAGCCCCAUUUGUUUGCAUCCUUGUGUCUUAUAUCCUUAUUGCUUGUGCAGUCCUGAGGGUCUCAUCCACAGGAGGAAGAUGGAAAGCCUUCUCCACCUGUGGCUCCCACCUGGCUGUGGUCUUCCUCUUCUAUGGCACCAUCAUAUCCCUGUAUUUCAACCCCUUAUCCUCUCACUCACCUGGAAGGGACAUGGCAGCAGCUAUGAUGUACACAGUGGUGACCCCCAUGCUGAACCCUUUCAUCUACAGCCUGAGGAACAGGGACAUGAAAGGGGCUUUAAGGAAAGUGCUUACCAUGAGAUUUCCAUCUAAGAGGUAAUGUGGGAAGUGUUGAACUUCAUAGAGGGAACACAUGUCUAAGAAUUAUUCAUGUUUUGUCUAUUUCCUGAGACUUACAACUUGUCUAUUGUAAGAAAAACAUAUACUAUCUCUUCCACAUACAAGUCUCAGGAUAUAAAUCCUUUAGGCAAAAGAAUGAGAAAACACUUUAACAGAAAUUUUUAUUUUGAUUGUCAUGUCAAUGCCUUGGCAAAAUGCAUCAUGAGUACCACUGCACAGUGUUGGAGAAGAGCAAGAAGUCUCAAUGGAACAACUGUGGAAAGUGUUGGAAUGGGGAAUAGAUUCCUGUUCCAGAUGGAAUUUGGUUUCUGAGUUGUGAUAAUUCUGAAAGGCUGUCUUCAUGAAUUUCACUAGAAGACUGGGCUGUGAUUGGCCACACAUGCCUGCCAUUUUCAGGGCAAUAAGUGCGCUGCUAUUUGUUGGCAUCAGUAGACCCUCUGCUCUUGUGUUCAGCUAUUCUAACAUCCUGUGCUAUCACUGUUUCAGAGUCUUUUCUGCUAUUGACAUUCUCCUUGGCAGUGUGCCAUCACCCAACUGGUAGUAUCCAUGCCAACCCUGGGAAACCCCAGCUGUUCAUACCUUCUCACCACAGAGACUUCAGCCUGAGCCCACAUCACAGGCAGAUCAGUCUCGGAGGGUUUAGAAGGGAGCGUUUGGAGCUCCAGGAAACCCUACUUCUGCAGUUCAUUUGGACUUACUAUGUUAUCCUUAUUAUCAGGGAAUUAUAUUGUAUAUAACAUUAAGCAGGAAAUGUCAAUAAAAUAAAGGGAACUGUGCCUUCUACAAUUCUAGUGUGCAGGCAUGUCAGUUCCUCUGCCCUCUUUUCCUACCUCUGUCAGUGUUUGCUGGUGAUCCCCUGUAGCUACUUUUUUGUUGUUUUUGUUCUUCUUGUUGUUAGUGGUGGUGGUUUGUUUUAGGCAGAGUCUCACUAUGCAGGCCUGUCUGUCCUAGAAGUUUCACUUAGUAAAAUAUUUAUUAGUUUGAAAUUUUCAUUUAAUAGUAAAACUAUUAAAGUUAGUGUCUGUAACUUGCUUUUGCUCAUUUUGU